AUGGGGAAUUGUUUUGUUAAGAGGUUGGUUGGAAUUGUGGUUGGUAUGUUUGUGUGGGGGUUUGGGGUGGGGGGGGGGGUGUGGGUGGGAGUGGGGGUGGUGGAAUGUGGAAUAGUUUUUUUUGGGUGGAUGUGGGGAGUGAGUUUUGGUGGUUUGGGGUUGGGGGGGGGGGUGUGUGGUGUAGUGGAGGUGUGUUGGAAUGGUUUGGGGGGGAUUUUGGGGGGGGAGUUUUGGUGUGGAUGGGUGGGGGGUUUUUUUUGGGUGAUUGGGAUUGGGGGGAUAUUAUAUGGUUGGUUGUGGGUUGGUGGUUGGAUGUGUUGGGGGUUUUGUGGAUGUUUGUAUGUUGGUGUUUGGUUUAUUGUGGUUUUGUAUUUGAUUGUGGGUGUUGGAGAAGUGGUUUUUUGGGGUGAGAGUAUGGGGGUGGUGGUGGUUGUGGGAGGUGGUGGUGGGAUGGGGUUUGGUGGAUUUGAAAAGGGGGGGAUGAGGGAGAUAUUGUUAGGGGGAUGGGAUUGUGUUGGUGGAAGUUAUGAUGGAUGUUGGAUGGGUGGGGUGGUUGGGGGGGGUUGGGGGAAGGAGAAGGUUGAGUUGGAUGAAUUUUGUGAUGGAAUGUUGAAUGUAUUGGGGUGGUGUUUGAAUUUUGUGGAAGAGGUUAUUGGGGUGGGUAGGGGGGUAGGUUUGGGGGGGGGGUGGGGUGUUGUUGUAUAUGGAGUUUGGGAGGUUGGGAUUGGGGUUAUGGGGGGGGAUGGUUUGGGUUGUUGGGAGUGGGGGGAGUUGGGUUUUUGGGGAUGGGUGGGUGGUGGGGUAGUUGUUGGUGUGGUGUUAUGGGUGUUUUGGUUUAUUGUUUGUUAUGUUUGUGUUUGUGGUUUGGGUUGGGGUGGGGUUGGUGUGGGUUUGGGGGUGGGGGUGGUGGGGGAAAUGGGGGUUGUAGGGUGGGUUGGUGUGUUGGGAUAUGGAGUAGGUUUGGUGGUGAUGUUGUUGUUGGGGGGUUUUUGGAUUGGGGAUGUGUGGUGGGUGUGUGUGUUUGUUUGUGGUGUUGGGAUGGGUUGGGGUUUUGGGGUGGGGGUUGGGUUGUUUUGUGUGUGGGGUUGUUGUGUUGGUUUUGGUAUGUGGUGGGGUUGGGUUUGGGUUUGGGGUGGUGUUUUAUUGUUUUGGGUGUGUAGUUUGGGGAGUUGGGUGGUGUGGGGGGUGGGGGGUGGUUGGGGGGGGGUGGGUGGGGGGGUGGUGGGUUGGGUUGGGGGUGGGGGGAGUGUGUUGGGGGGUGGGUGGGGGGGGGGGGGGGUUGGUUGGGGUGGAGGUGGGGGGUUGUGUGGGGGGUGGUGGUUGGGGUUGUUGUUGGGUUGUUGGGGUUUGGGUGGGGUUUGUGUUGGGUGGGUUGGGGGGUUGGGUGGGUGUGUGGGGGGGGGGUUGUGUUUGGGGUUGGGGGGGGGGGUGUGGGGUGGAGUUGUGGGUGGUGGGGGUGGGGUUGUAUUUGGUGGGUUUGGGGGGUGGGUGUUGGGGGGGGGUGGGGGGUGGGGGUGGUUGGGUUUGGGUUGUGGUUUGGUGGGUUGUGUUGUGUGGGGGGGGGUGGUUUGUGGGGUGUGGGGGUGGGGUUGGUGUGGGGGUUGGUGGUUGGUGGGGUUUGGUGUGGGGUGGGUUGGGUGUUUUGUGUGGGUUGUGGGUGGGGGUUGUUGUGUGGGUGGUUUUGGGGUGAUUUGGUGUGGGUGGGGGGGGGAGUUUUGGUUAGGUGGUGGUGGGGGUGUUGUGGUGUGUGUGUGGUGUUUGUGGUGUUGUGUUUGUGGGGGGGGUGGGGGUUGUGUAGUGGUGUUGGUUUUUUGGGGGGGGGGGGGGUGGGGGGGGGGGGGGGGGGUUGGGGGUUGGGGGGGGUGGGGGUGGGGGGGUGGGUUGGGGGUUUGUGGGGGGUGGUGUGGGGGGGGGGGGGUGGGGUGGGUGUGUGUGUGGGGGUGUUGGGAUGGGGGGGGUGGGGGGUGGGGGGGGGGGGGGGGGUGGUUUUGUGUUGGGGGUGGGUUUUGGGUUGGUUUGGGGUGGGUGUGUGUGGUGUGGUGUGGGAUGUGGGUGGUUGGUGGGGGUGGGGUUGGGGGUGGGGGUUGUGGUUGUGGUGGGGGGGGUGGGGGUUUGGUUUUGUUGUUUGGUUUUGGGGUGGGUGGGGGGGUGGUGUGUGGGGGGUGGGUGGUGGGGUGGGGUUGGGGUUGUGGGGUGGGGUUGUGUUGUUUGUUUUUUUGUUUGUUGGGGGGGUUGUUUGGGUGGGUGGGUGGGGGGGUGGGGGUGGGGGGGGGGGGGUUGUGGUGGUGGGGGGUGGUGGUGGUGGGUGGGUGUGGGGGUGUGGUUUUGGUUGGGGGUGGGGGUGGGUGGGGUUGUGUGGGGGGGGGGUGUUGGGGGUUUGGGGGGGGUUUGUGGUGGUUGGUGGGGUGGUGGUUGGGGUGGGGUGGGGGUGGGGGGGGUGAGGGGUGGGGGGUGGUGGGGGGGGGGGUGUUGGGGGGGUUUUGUGGUGGGGGGGGGGGGGUGGGGGUGGGGGUGGGGGGUGGGUGGGGUUUUGGGGGGUUUGGUGUUGUGGUGUGUGUGGGUUGGGGGGUGGGGUGGGGGUUGUUUGUUUUUGUUUUUGUGGGGGUUGUGGGGGUGGGGUUUUAA